AUGUCUUCUUCUUCUUCCUGUUAUGAAGUGGACGAGUGCAGAGGCGUUCUUCGGGUGUACAGUGACGGUUCAAUAAUCCGGUCCAACAAACCAAGCUUCAACAUCCCGGUUGACGACGACGGUUCAGUUAUUUGGAAAGACGUUGAAUUCGACGCGAAACACGGACUUUAUCUCCGUAUAUACAAGCCGGCUAAUAAUAAUAAUAAGCUCCCCAUCUUUUACUACAUUCACGGCGGCGGGUUCUGCAUCGGGUCUCGAACUUGGCCCAACUGCCAAAACUACUGUUUCCGUCUGGCUUUAGAACUCCAAGCCGUGGUAAUAUCGCCGGACUAUCGGCUGGCUCCCGAGAACCGGCUGCCUGCAGCCAUUGAAGAUGGGUUCCAGUCCGUGAAGUGGCUCCAAGAUGAAGCGAGGUCGGAAAAUCCGGAUGGUUGGUUGCAUGAGGUGGCGGAUUUUGGGAGGGUGUUUAUAUCGGGAGACUCGGCUGGGGGAAAUAUAGCUCAUAAUCUAGCGGUUGGACUUGGUUCGGGUUCGGUUAAGAUGGAUCCGGUUCGGGUAAGGGGAUAUGUAUUGUUGGCUCCUUUCUUUGGAGGAAGCGUAUUGAUGAGGUCUGAAGUGGAGGGUUCUAAAGAUGCUUUCUUGAAUUGGGAACUCAUUGAUAGGUUUUGGAGGCUUUCAAUACCGAAAGAAGGGAGCAUGGACCACCCAUUGGUGAAUCCAUUUGGAGGCAAAGACAAAGACAAUGACAAUGAGCUUCUAGCAGCACAAGAGCUUGAUCCGAUACUGGUCGUGGUCGGAGGGUCUGAUCUCCUUAGGGACAGGGCAAAGAAUUACGCUGAGAGGCUCAAAGGGUGGGGAAAGAGAGUCGAAUAUGUCGAGUUUGAAGUUCAACAACAUGGUUUUUUCACCAUUAACCCUAACUGUCAAGCUGCAAAACAUCUCAUGCUCAUCAUCAAAAACUUCCUCACUCAAAAUUCUCUCCCUUUAUCUUACUAA